GUUGGCGGCGGCUGCAGCGGCGGCUCUGGGGUUGGAGAGCUUGGCGGCUUCAGGUCCCGCGGAGGCUCCUGCGAGGGACCCGGGCCGCCGGUGGAGGCGGAGGCGCUUGGCGUUGGCGCUCGGCGAUGGUGGGCGUCCCCGGAGCGGCCGCCUUCCAGCUUGGUGCUGACAAAAGAGUGCCAGCAAUGCCUGGAUCACCUGUGGAAGUGAAGAUUCAGUCAAGAUCCUCACCUCCCACCAUGCCGCCUCUCCCACCAAUAAAUCCUGGAGGACCUAGGCCAGUGUCAUUCACUCCCACAGCAUUGAGCAAUGGCAUCAACCAUUCUCCCCCUACCCUAAACGGCGCCCCAUCACCACCACAGAGAUUCAGCAAUGGUCCUGCCUCUUCUACAUCAUCUGCACUAACAAAUCAACAGUUGCCGGCCACUUGUGGUGCUCGGCAGCUCAGCAAGUUGAAACGCUUUCUCACCACUCUGCAACAGUUUGGCAAUGACAUCUCACCUGAGAUUGGGGAGAAGGUGCGGACUCUUGUUCUAGCAUUGGUGAACUCAACAGUAACAAUUGAAGAAUUCCAUUGCAAGCUCCAAGAGGCUACAAACUUUCCUCUUCGUCCUUUUGUUAUUCCCUUCCUCAAGGCCAACCUGCCUCUGCUGCAGCGAGAACUGCUGCACUGCGCUCGGGCUGCCAAGCAGACCCCAUCCCAGUAUCUGGCUCAACAUGAACACCUUCUGCUCAACACAAGCAUCGCGUCUCCUGCUGACUCUUCUGAGCUGCUCAUGGAAGUGCAUGGAAAUGGAAAGAGGCCCAGUCCAGAGAGGAGGGAAGAGAGCAGUUUUGAAAGAGAUACAGUUCCUCCUGAGCCUCCCGCCAAGAGAGUGUGUACCAUUAGCCCUGCUCCCCGGCACAGUCCUGCCCUCACUGUGCCUCUCAUGAAUCCUGCGGGCCAGUUUCAUCCUACUCCUCCGCCUCUUCAGCACUACACCUUAGAAGAUAUUGCAACUUCCCACCUGUAUCGUGAACCCAACAAGAUGCUAGAACAUCGAGAAGUUCGUGAUAGACACCAUAAUCUUAGUCUAAAUGGAGGCUAUCAGGAUGAGUUGGUAGACCACCGUUUGACAGAAAGGGAAUGGGCCGAUGAAUGGAAACAUCUUGAUCAUGCCCUGAAUUGCAUCAUGGAAAUGGUAGAGAAAACAAGGCGCUCUAUGGCAGUCCUGCGGCGCUGUCAGGAAUCAGAUCGGGAAGAACUCAACUAUUGGAAAAGACGAUAUAACGAAAACACAGAGAUGAGGAAAACAGGGAGCGAGAUGGUCUCCAGGCAGCACAGUCCUGGGGGCACAGAUUCUCUCAGCAAUGAUUCUCAACGGGAAUUCAGCAGUAGGCCAGGAACAGGAUAUGUACCUGUGGAGUUUUGGAAAAAAACUGAAGAAGCUGUGAAUAAGGUGAAAAUUCAGGCCAUGUCAGAAGUACAGAAAGCUGUUGCUGAGGCAGAGCAAAAAGCCUUUGAAGUAAUUGCAACCGAGAGAGCUCGGAUGGAGCAGACGAUAGCGGAUGUCAAACGGCAAGCUGCAGAGGAUGCCUUUCUCGUCAUAAAUGAGCAAGAAGAGUCAACGGAGAACUGCUGGAACUGUGGCCGCAAAGCCAGUGAGACCUGCAGUGGCUGCAAUAUCGCACGAUACUGCGGCUCUUUCUGCCAGCAUAAGGACUGGGAGCGGCACCACCGCCUCUGUGGCCAGAACCUGCACGGCCAGAGUCCACACAGCCAGGGCCGGCCGCUGCUUCCUGGAGGGAGGGGCUCCUCAGCCCGGUCUGCCGACUGCAGUGUGCCAAGUCCAGCCCUGGACAAGACCUCGGCAACCACCUCGCGCUCCUCAACACCUGCCUCUGUCACGGCCAUCGACACCAACGGACUCUGAGCCCCAGGUUCACGUACCCCUGAUGGCCUCACAGCACAACAGAACACUGCAUGGGAGGCUGGCUGUUUGAACCAGUGCAAGUAGCUGUUAGGCCAUCAUCAAGAAGUGAAGUGGAGGCAGGAAGACUUCAAGCCCAGCAAACACUGCUCCACAGCCUCUCCAGACACCUGCCCCAGUUUCCUGUCUGCGUUCUUGGGGGAAUUCAUGGGCAUACAGGCAGCUGACUGGAGCUGCCCCUUCCAUGGCUUCCUGGUUUAUUCCUCUCCUGGCUGAAGCUGGCAUGGCCAGCCACUUUUCAGUGAAGACCACCAGCUCCCCUCUCUGCCUCGUGAGGCACCAGACUGUCGAAAAUGCCCAGCCAGGCUGGAAGCAGCUCAUCCUAUGCACUGUCCUGCAACAAAGGCCCGGAGGCUGAUAGCAAGCUAGGGAGGAGGCCCCUCCUUCCCAGAGAGUGGUUCCUCUUGCCCCUGAACAGCUCCUUGAGCCCCAUUUCUGCCCUCAGCAGGUGCCACUGAUUGACUGGUCCCAUGGGGACUUGGGCAGGCAAAAAGCAGCACUCAGGACUCCCUCCUCAACCCUGCUGUUCAGACUAAUUCUCAGAAACCACUGUAAAAAAGUCACCGUUUCAGUAAAAGCACCCGUAAUAAAAAAAUAAAACUUCCACCAAGCAUCACAGAUCCUUUCGGACAAGAUUUUCCAACUUGGUGGCUCUUUUAGUUUGGGACCCUUUUUUUCCUCUUAUUUGAUUUUGCUUAUGCAGAAAAUAGUUUUCAGCACAUGGAUUGGUCUGAGGGAGAAUGCGACUCAAUUGUGAACAGUCCAUUCUCUCUGAGCAUGUUGGCCAAACCAGUAUCGUCAAAUUAUUGAGUGGAUCAUCUAUUGGAAAUGCAGAACCUUUUGUCACCGCUUGGCUCUUCGCAGUCAUCUUGUACCAUGUCAUUUUAUCUCAGACCAUGCACAUCCAGAUCUCUGCGUGGAUCUUCUUCCCAUGGUCUCUCUUUGGCACCUCUGAAGCCACAGUUGACUCAUAGAAUGUGAUGUGGUGUAGCUACAUCUUGCCUAACCAGUGAAAGGCCUGGUCACGUCUGAGCAGCCCUCUUGGACCUGAAAGAAUUCUUCAAACCUUGUCAUUCUACGUCCUAUGUCAGUUUAUUACUGGGCAUCAGUUUCCCUUCUUCUCUUUUGUUGCUACCUACCCUCUUUGAGCUAAGAAAAGUUCUGUGAAAUGUGACAGCCAUUUGAGAGAGCCUGACCAAUUUUCCUUCCUGUCUUCAGGGAGUUUUCCAGCUGCUUACCUGGCUCUCCAAACAUGACAUCACCUGUACUCCCUUUAAAAUGUUAGAAACUGCCACACACUUUCUUCCCUGCCAUUCGAGUUCUAUUGGGAACCCAAGGAGCCUGAACCUCCCCCCCUUUCCACCUCCAAGCUUCCUGCACACUCUUGCCCCAAGGAAUCAAUUGGGGUGAGUUGACUGGCCCACUCCUGCUGGCCCUUGAAAGCUCUCAGUAAGGUAUCAGCAUAGGUAGAACUGUCCUUUCGUAUAUCUAAAGUCCCUAAUUUAUCUUACCCAAGGAUUUUCUGUCUUAAGCUCAGGGAGUUCCCGUUGUAGCUCGGGGGUAACAAACCCAACUAGGAUCCAUGAGG